UUCGGCUGCUUCUGGCGCGCGCAAGGGUGCGCGCGCCUCUCGAGGACCACUCCCUCCGCCUCGCGCGAGUAGCCGCGGCGGCUGGCAACCCCUCCCGCGCACGCGCACUUGGCCACCCCAUUCCUCUGCCCGGUCGCGGGUCGCCUCGCGCUCUGUCUCGAGCCGCAGCCACCGCACUAGCGGCAUUUCUUGGGGGCGCACGCGCACUGCGCCCUCCGCACCCGUUCCCUGGACGCGGCCGAUGCGGUGGCAGUGAGUCCCUCGGGCGCGCACGCGCUCUCGCUUCUCCCGUGCCACGCGCCGGUUAUCCCCUCGCGGCGCGCCCUGAGGGGCCGUUAUCCCCCCGCAACGGUCCCCGCGCCACGCACGCGCAGCAGCGAGGGGGGAGCGUGCGCGGGAGCGGCGACCGCAGGAAGGAGGCGCCGCCGCCGCCAUUGCGAAGGAGGGAGGGAAGGAGCGAGCAAGGCUGAUCCGCCCUCCCCCUGGUUCCCGCCCCUCCCCCCUUCCCCUCCCCGCCCCCCGCCCCGAGGGAGAGCCGCGGAGCGGCGGGAGGAGGAGGUGGAGGAGGCGGAGGAGGGAGCCCGCGAGGGAGGGUCUGCCCGGCCCCCCGCCGCCGGAGCUGCCGCCGCCGCCGCCUCAGCUGCCGCUGAACGAGGAGUAGCAGAACAUGGCGCCGGGGCCGCCGUCGCCGCUGCCGGGAUCCCGGAGGCCAGGGCCGCGCUGAGGGCGCCCAGCUGGAAGAAAUGUUGGCUAUUUGGCGAUGAGAAGUGGCAAAAACUAACCUCGUACUGGUAUACAAGCACGAUGAGAUCUGACACUUUUGCUUCGUGGGCAGCCGGCCCCCACUGAUAAUGUGGGGAAGCCAUUGGGUCCACUGGAAAACACUAAUCUGAUCUUGGAAGUAGCUGAUUGUGGCAGGAUGUGUCGACGAUGAUGAUGGCAAGAAAGCAAGAUGUCCGCAUUCCCACCUACAACAUCAGUGUGGUGGGAUUGUCUGGGACGGAGAAGGAGAAGGGCCAGUGCGGCAUUGGGAAGUCUUGUCUGUGCAACCGCUUUGUGCGCCCGAGUGCUGACGAAUUUCACUUGGACCAUACCUCUGUCCUCAGCACCAGUGACUUUGGUGGGCGAGUGGUCAAUAAUGACCACUUUCUCUACUGGGGGGAAGUUAGCCGUUCCCUGGAGGACUGUGUGGAAUGUAAGAUGCACGUUGUGGAGCAGACUGAAUUCAUUGAUGAUCAGACUUUUCAGCCUCACCGGAGCACGGCCCUGCAGCCCUAUAUCAAGAGAGCUGCUGCAACCAAGCUCGCAUCAGCUGAAAAACUCAUGUACUUUUGCACUGACCAGCUGGGGCUGGAGCAGGACUUUGAGCAGAAACAGAUGCCAGAUGGAAAGCUGCUAAUUGAUGGUUUUCUUCUUGGUAUUGAUGUUAGCAGGGGCAUGAAUAGGAACUUUGAUGACCAGCUCAAGUUUGUCUCUAAUCUCUACAAUCAGCUUGCAAAAACAAAAAAGCCCAUAGUGGUGGUCCUGACUAAGUGCGAUGAGGGUGUUGAGCGGUACAUUAGAGAUGCACAUACUUUUGCCUUAAGCAAAAAGAACCUCCAGGUUGUGGAGACCUCAGCAAGAUCCAAUGUAAAUGUGGACUUAGCUUUCAGCACCUUAGUGCAACUCAUUGAUAAAAGUCGGGGAAAGACGAAAAUCAUUCCUUAUUUUGAAGCUCUCAAGCAGCAGAGUCAGCAGAUAGCUACAGCAAAAGACAAGUAUGAGUGGCUGGUGAGUCGCAUUGUGAAAAACCACAAUGAGAAUUGGUUGAGUGUCAGCCGAAAGAUGCAGGCCUCUCCUGAGUACCAGGACUAUGUCUACCUGGAAGGGACUCAGAAAGCCAAGAAGCUGUUUCUCCAGCACAUCCAUCGCCUCAAGCAUGAGCAUAUUGAGCGCAGGAGGAAGCUGUACCUGGCAGCCCUCCCACUAGCUUUUGAAGCUCUUAUACCCAAUCUAGAUGAAAUAGACCACCUGAGCUGCAUAAAAGCCAAAAAGCUCUUGGAGACCAAGCCAGAAUUCUUAAAGUGGUUUGUUGUGCUUGAAGAGACACCGUGGGAUGCCACCAGCCACAUUGACAACAUCGAGAACGAGCGGAUUCCCUUUGACUUAAUGGAUACCGUCCCUGCAGAGCAGCUGUACGAGGCCCACUUAGAGAAGCUGCGGAACGAGAGGAAAAGAGCUGAGAUGAGAAGGGCAUUCAAAGAAAACCUGGAGACCUCUCCUUUCAUAACUCCUGGAAAGCCUUGGGAAGAGGCCCGCAGUUUUAUUAUGAAUGAAGAUUUCUAUCAGUGGCUAGAAGAAUCUGUAUACAUGGAUAUUUAUGGCAAACACCAAAAGCAAAUUAUAGACAAAGCAAAGGAAGAGUUUCAGGAGCUGCUUUUGGAAUAUUCGGAAUUGUUUUAUGAGCUGGAGCUGGAUGCUAAGCCCAGCAAGGAGAAGAUGGGUGUCAUUCAGGAUGUUCUGGGGGAGGAACAGCGAUUUAAGGCAUUACAGAAGCUCCAAGCGGAGCGUGAUGCCCUUAUUCUGAAGCACAUUCAUUUUGUGUACCACCCAACAAAGGAAACAUGCCCUAGCUGCCCUGCCUGUGUGGAUGCUAAGAUCGAGCACUUGAUUAGUUCUCGGUUUAUCCGACCAUCUGACCGGAAUCAGAAAAAUUCACUUUCUGACCCCAACAUUGAUAGAAUCAACUUGGUGAUCUUGGGCAAGGAUGGCCUUGCACGAGAGUUGGCCAAUGAGAUUCGAGCUCUUUGUACAAAUGAUGAUAAGUAUGUAAUAGAUGGUAAAAUGUAUGAGCUCUCCCUGAGGCCAAUAGAAGGGAAUGUCAGGCUUCCUGUGAACUCUUUCCAAACACCAACGUUUCAGCCCCAUGGUUGUCUCUGCCUUUACAAUUCAAAGGAGUCUCUAUCCUAUGUGGUGGAGAGUAUAGAGAAGAGCAGAGAGUCCACACUUGGCAGGCGAGAUAAUCAUUUAGUGCAUCUCCCCCUGACCUUAAUUUUGGUUAACAAAAGAGGAGACACCAGUGGAGAGACCCUGCAUAGCUUAAUACAGCAAGGUCAGCAGAUUGCUAGCAAACUUCAGUGUGUCUUUCUCGACCCUGCUUCCGCUGGCAUUGGUUACGGACGCAACAUUAACGAAAAGCAAAUCAGUCAAGUUCUGAAAGGACUCCUGGACUCCAAGCGUAACUUAAACCUGGUCAGUUCUACUGCUAGCAUCAAAGAUCUGGCUGAUGUUGACCUGCGAAUUGUCAUGUGUCUGAUGUGUGGAGAUCCGUUUAGUGCAGAUGACAUACUCUUUCCCGUCCUUCAGUCCCAAACCUGUAAGUCUUCCCAUUGCGGAAGCAGCAACUCUGUUUUACUUGAACUACCAAUCGGACUACACAAGAAGCGCAUUGAACUCUCUCUUCUUUCAUACCAUUCCUCAUUUAGCAUCAGAAAAAGCCGAUUGGUCCAUGGGUACAUUGUUUUUUAUUCAGCCAAACGUAAGGCCUCCUUGGCUAUGUUGCGUGCCUUUCUUUGUGAAGUGCAGGAUAUUAUCCCCAUCCAGCUGGUUGCACUCACAGACGGCGCCGUAGAUGUCCUGGAUAAUGACGUAAGUCGGGAGCAGCUGACUGAGGGGGAGGAGAUCGCUCAAGAAAUUGACGGAAAGUUCACAAGUAUCCCCUGUAGCCAACCCCAGCAUAAACUUGAGCUCUUCCACCCGUUUUUUAAAGAUGUGGUGGACAAAAAGAACAUAAUCGAGGCUACUCAUAUGUACGACAAUGCUGCCGAGGCCUGCAGCACCACAGAAGAGGUGUUUAACUCCCCCCGGGCAGGCUCUCCGCUCUGCAACUCAAACCUGCAGGAUUCUGAAGAAGAUAUCGAGCCCCCUUCUUAUAGCCUGUUUCGAGAAGACACAUCACUGCCCUCUCUGUCCAAAGACCAUUCUAAGCUCUCUAUGGAACUGGAGGGAAAUGAUGGGCUGUCUUUCAUCAUGAGCAAUUUUGAGAGUAAACUGAACAACAAAGUACCUCCGCCAGUCAAACCAAAGCCUCCUGUCCAUUUUGAGAUUACAAAGGGGGACCUGUCUUAUUUAGACCCAGGCCAUAGAGAUGGACAGAGGAAGUCUGUGUCUUCUAGCGCCUGGCUGCCUCCAGAUGGGUUCGAUCCUUCUGAUUACGCCGAACCCAUGGACGCUGUGGUCAAGCCGAGGAAUGAAGAAGAAAACAUAUACUCAGUGCCCCACGACAGCACCCAAGGCAAAAUCAUCACCAUUCGGAAUAUCAACAAAGCCCAGUCCAACGGCAGUGGGAAUGGUUCCGACAGCGAAAUGGACACUAGUUCUCUAGAGCGAGGACGCAAGGUAUCCAUCGUGAGCAAGCCAGUGCUGUACAGGACGAGAUGCAGCCGGCUGGGGAGGUUUGCUAGUUACCGAACCAGCUUCACCGUGGGGAGCGAUGAUGAGCUUGGGCCCAUCCGAAAGAAAGAGGAGGAUCAGGCAUCCCAGGGUUAUAAAGGGGACAGUGCCGUCAUUCCAUAUGAGACAGAUGAAGACCCAAGGAGGAGGAAUAUUCUUCGCAGUCUAAGAAGGAACACUAAGAAACCAAAGCCCAAACCCCGGCCAUCCAUCACAAAGGCGACCUGGGAGAGUAACUAUUUUGGGGUGCCCUUAACAACCGUGGUGACUCCAGAGAAACCGAUUCCUGUAUUUAUCGAGAGAUGUAUUGAGUACAUUGAAGCCACAGGACUGAGCACUGAAGGCAUCUACCGGGUCAGCGGGAACAAGUCAGAGAUGGAGAGUCUGCAAAGACAGUUUGAUCAAGAUCACAACCUGGAUUUGGCAGAGAAGGACUUCACAGUGAACACUGUGGCAGGGGCCAUGAAGAGCUUUUUCUCAGAACUGCCAGACCCCCUGGUCCCAUACAACAUGCAGAUUGAUCUGGUGGAGGCACACAAAAUCAAUGACCGGGAGCAGAAGUUACACGCCCUUAAGGAGGUACUCAAGAAAUUCCCAAAGGAAAACCAUGAAGUCUUCAAAUAUGUCAUCUCUCACCUGAACAAAGUCAGCCACAACAACAAGGUGAAUCUCAUGACCAGUGAGAACCUGUCCAUCUGCUUCUGGCCCACCUUGAUGAGACCCGACUUCAGCACCAUGGACGCCCUCACGGCCACACGGACCUACCAGACAAUCAUUGAGCUCUUCAUCCAGCAGUGCCCCUUCUUCUUCCACAACCGGCCCAUCAGCGAGCCUCCCGGCGCCACGCCCAGCUCCCCCUCUGCCCUGGCUUCCACCGUGCCCUUCCUCACGUCCACACCUGUCACAAGUCAGCCAUCACCGCCCCAGUCGCCUCCGCCCACCCCCCAGUCCCCGAUGCAGCCACUGCUCCCCUCCCAGCUUCAAGCCGAACACACGCUGUGAGCCCCCGAGGCCCAGGGCGAAAGGAGACACGGUCUUCUCUCUUUGACGGGGUAGCGUUUGGCCUUGAACAAAACCGGGUCUCCUGGGGCAGGGGUGGGGAGGGUGUCCCCUCUCUCCUCUCACCUUCUCGAGGUCUCAGCGGUAGCACCACCAGCCAACAGUCCGCCGGAGGCUGGGCCGUCCAGUGCCCUGAGCCCAGCACUGCAGACCUGGGGCUGGCUGCAGGCCACAGCCGGGGCCCUGCCCUUUGACUUGGACCCUUUUGAGGACUGAACUAGCCAGGCAGUGGCCCUGUGGCCCUCCACCCGCUCACUGCUCCCCGGACCCCCUCCCUCACCUGUCUGCGCACACCAGCCUCAGGGCGUCUGCCCACUGGACAGAGCACGGGCUUUGGCCAGGGGAGGAGGAGAUUUGGGGCUUCAGGCUGCCCCAGGGCAGGGCCGGCAGCCCCUAAAGAGAACACUUCCCGUCUGUUGCCACUUCCCACCUUCUGUAUCUGCACCCCACCCCCGUUGUCCGUGCAGCCUGUCUAGCAGCCUCCUUGGGAACAUGUAGGCCACGGCUCUGCCACUCCGAGGUACAGUGCUGAGGGCGUUCGCCCUCAGAUCAGAUCAGAACAGAGGGAGGGUAGCUUCAUGCCUGGACCGAGAGAGGGUGUCGCCGCUUCCACCCCCCGCGCACCCCCUCCUCGCUUCACAGGCUCUGGGGAUACGUUCCCUUUAAAACAAAGGAACACUGGAAGAAAGAUGGGAAGACCCCCUCCAAUGAUUUUUAAAAAGAAAAGGAAGAAAGCUACAGACGUCGAGAUUUAGCUCUCUCCCCACCUCUGCCGAGAGGCAGACAGGUGGACACGGACCCGUCUUGGUGACAGCAGAACGAGGGUGCCUGCCCGGGGGUGGUUGCCCGAGAGCCUGUUGGGGUCCCACUUACGUCCUGUCACUAGAUGCCCCCCCCCACCCCAAGAAGACGGUUUGAGCCCUUGGUGGGAAGAGCUAGGGAGACCAGCCUAGAUACUGGUCUGCCUUGGAACACACUACAAUGCUACAGAAACGCUGCUGCUGUGUGCGUGCGUGCGUGCGCGAGGUUGGGGGCGGGGGGGGCAGCUGGAGGGUGCCAGGGUGCACUUGGGGUUUGGUUCAGUGUGUUUGGUGUUGAAGUGGAAUCAUUUUCAUACUGCGCCAGCAGGGGUAUUUGUGGGAAGUGGGCCGUGUGUGGGGAACUCUGAAGUACGGUGGUCUGCUGGUGCCAUGUAGGGCCAUCCUUCACGCUCCCAGGCUGUCAGAGCCCAGAGGAGCUAAAGGUACAGAGACCGUGAGAGUCUUGAGGAGGGCAUCGUGCCUGCCUGACACCAUCCUCCUCCCGUGGCCUUCCCCCGCCCUUCCUGGCCUUUCCACUGGCCCCUGAGAACCCUUCUCAUUCCCACCUCCGCCCUCCAAACACAGCGACCCUGCUAAGGCUGCUACAGAUACUGGCUGCCCUCCAUUCCCCGUGGCUGGGCCAUGGCCUCUGCAGUGAAGAAGCCUGACACUAAGGUACCCUGGGCGUGGGGUGGAGGCCCACACGCUGCAUAAUCCUCUGGGGUCUCUUUGCACUUUAAGAAGCAGCACCUGUGGUAUUUUCGAGGAUGCCCUGGGUUGCCUCAGCCGGGUGACCUGACAAAGUAAAACAUGCCUCGGAACAAUCUCAGCCACUCCCAGCCCCAAACGCUUCCUGUUGGCUGUUGGGAGGGCGGGGUAGGCCCUUUGCUCACUGACUUCUUCCUCUGGAUAAGCUGGAUAUCUCACUGUUUCUAGGUCUUGUUUGACAAAAUAAGGUGCUUGGAAAAACUAAAUUAUCCCUGCAAGUUUUACCGCCUCCUUAGGGAUACAAGUCAAAAAACAAAUCCAAGGUACACGAAUGUCUUAUGUAAAUGUUGGAUGCCGGAUUUCUUCUCUUCUGGUGGAUCUGUGCUUCAUGCUUUAUAGGUCGGGGCUUGGCUGGAAGGCAGUGUUUGUGUUUAGUUUUGACUGAGGUUGGCAGACUCGUGCUUCUCUGGCCCUCUAACUCCCUCAGCUCUGAGCCCCAGGCAGGUGAGGAAAUUACUCCAUUAAUCUCUGCCUUUUCUAGGUCAUGCUCACCUACUCCCAGUCAGUCCCAGUUUGGGGUGGGGGUGGCCUGGGGCCGCUGUCCCAUGUGUGAACUAAAACAGAAGUGGCCCGGAUCCCUCCCACUGCCCAGUCUAUACUGCCACCCCUUUGUGCUGGCACACUGGGCUAGCUGCAACCUUGGCUCUGCACCAGGAACUUUACAAGACCCCAGCUGUCCCACCUUCCCAGGCCACCCCCAUCCCUGAGACUGCACAGUCCUGUAAGUGGUAGGUGAUUUUUCUGGAUGGGGAAGGGCCACAGUGAGGGCAAACACCUGUGCAUUGCAUCAUUACCCAUGUGGGAAUAGAAGAGACCAGGCUUCCACAGGUUAGCCUCUGGUCCCACGGUGCCUCCGGCUAGACACUCUGGGCAGCUGCAGGGACCCCCUCACGUGCCCGCCCCCAAUGUCUUGCCAGGACUUUACCUGUGCAGGUGCGGGCUGGUGGCUCAUGCCCCAAAAACCACAAUUGGACAGGAAGCUCCAGGGGUUCCUCUUUGUUUGCUUUGCUAACUCUUACAUUUUCUGCUUCUCGGGCUGGAGGACAUUCAUUCCCAGUUGGCAUCGGUACCAGUAGCAGUGCUGGGCCCUGGGCUUUGGCCUCUGGGGGUGGGGGGGGGGUCAGCAUUUGGACCAAAUGGGCACUUGGAGGGGACCCACGAAGGCGAGUGUGGGAGUGUGUUGGGGCAGGCUACCCGUAACUGGAAUGCCUCCCACCCCCCGCCUCCCGUUCAUCUAGUGUUAAGCUCUGGAAAGUUCUCUGACAAGUCAUUCUCAUGUGAGCUGCACCACAGCUCUAGGAAUUGAGGGAGUGGCAGGCAUUAAUUAUCUUUUGCCAAAAUGGGUAAGCAUGUUAGUGGGGGUAUGGGGCUUGUUUCGUGCCUCACAGCAAAAUAGCGGUGUGUCCGGAAGCUCUUUCCCUGUCCAGUGUUCUUUCUACAUCCACGAGAGUGUAGGCACCAAGAGCUGGAAAUGAACAGCCCUCAAUUGUAAGUAUAAGGCUGGUUCUGGAUCUGCAGCACCGAUGCUUCCACAGGGGGAAGUGGUCCAAGGUUAGGAGGUGUGGCUUGUGAAUUUGCCCUCAGUUCUUGGUUGUGUUGCAUGUGGGUAUCACAGCACAUUUAUUCCUGCGUUCUGUCAAGUUCUUCCCAUCACUUGACGUUUUGAGGAGGAAUGUGAAAUACUGAGUACUGUUUCCUGGGUUUUCCUACAUCCCACUGCCAUCUUGGUCUUCCUGCUUAAAGCAGAAUGCAUGCUGCAGGUGAGAUUCUUCUAGCAGAAUGUGUUUGUCCUUGCCAGGGUGGACAGAGGGUGACAGCAUAGGGGCAGCACACCGGCCAGAAGGGGCUGGGAGAGCACGACUUCCCUCGUCCCUGCGCCUUGGCUCCUCCGGGGGGCCGGGGGUGGGGGGGACCUGGAGGGAUGCCAUCCCCUAGGCCACGGGUGUUCCAGCCUCAGCCCUGAAACUCAGAAACCAGUCAGCUGCAUUUGUAAUCCAAGGUCAUCUCCAUCUUUGCCCUCCCCAGUCCUCUCCUGCGAGGAGAACCACACUGCUGGGGGUAUGUUUGCUGGAGGAAGUGUUGGCUCUGCCACUGAGGGCUCUGCUUUUCCAAGAGGAGGAAGCUCCAGGGAUUUGGGUGGGUUGCUGCGGACCAAGUUCCCUCGCUCCACCUUCCUCGUGUGCGAUGGGCACGGCGUGCCGCGGGGCCUGGGAACGGGCCCAGCUUGCUGGGGACAGUCACGGUGCUCGUUCCUUGGCACCGCUGGUUUCCGCAGACAGUGGAUGGAAGAGUUGCCCUCACUCCAGUUGCUGGGCAGGUUCAAGCCGCUCGUUCGUGCUUAGGUGAAAGGACGACUGAGUCGUGUAUGCCGGAAGCCUAAGUCACAUCCGUGACUGCUGGUGAUCGCACCAGAGAAGGCCUGGCAUGAGGGGAAGGGCCACUCUCGUCUAAGAUCCCGGGCUGGGCCUGCAGCCGCUGUCUUAGAAGGGAAGGAUUCUUCUCACCUCUGAGAGCCAUCUUUCAACCGGCCGCCCGCCUGCAGAUGCAGACUCCUCGAGGGUCAGAGGUGACUGCCGCUCCUGCCCAGCAGCCCCCCCCUGCAAGCUCCAACAGCAGUGAUGUUACACUUCAAUGUAGUCGAGACAGGGCGUAAGUUAUUGUUUGCAUAAAAAAAGAAUCAUGUUCCCUGUGUACAUUUAAAAAAAUUUUUAAAAAGUCUGAAUUGUAUGGGAAUAAAACUUGUUUGAAAAUUUGGAA